AUGGCAUCUGAGCAGCCCUCGCAACCGGAGAGUCGCGGCUCUGGCGAAGAGGAGGAUGAGGACUUUGGCUACCGUCGGUUUCCCGAGCGAACUCUUGGCCAGGGGAAGAAGCCCGCGUUGAAGGGAAAAAUAAUAUCCACCUUGUUUGGUUCCCAGUCUAGGUGCCAGUCGAUGCUGAAGGUUGCUCUAGACAGUCCACAAGCUAAACUGCUACUUGAAGCUAUGAAGAAUUCUGGCUGUGCUGUGACCAAUAACCGACACAUUUCAUGUGAAAAUUGUGAUAAACAUGUUGGUGGAGGAUUUGAUUCUUCAGUAUCACAGAUUGUACUUUGCCAAAACAAUAUACAUAAUCAAUCUCAAAUGAACAGAGUGGUUGCACAUGAACUUAUUCAUGCAUUUGAUCACUGCCGUGCUCAUGUGGAUUGGUUUAACAAUAUGAGGCACUUAGCCUGUUCAGAGAUUCGGGCAUCUAAUCUCAGUGGAGAUUGUUCUCUCAUAAAUGAGAUGAUGAGGUUUAGGUUUGGGCUGAAGCAGCAUCAGCAGACUUGUGUAAAGAUGAAAGCUGUUCGCUCCAUGUUGGCUGUUAGAAAUAUCACUAAAGAGAUGGCAGAGAAAGCAGUAGAUGAAGUCUUUGAAUCUUGCUUCAAUGAUCAUGAACCAUUUGACAGAGUGCCUCACAGCAAAUUGGAUGCAAAGUAUGCAUACAGAGGUUUUCAAAACCGUCACCGUUACUAUCAAAAUUUAUGAAAAUGAAAACUGUUUGUUCAGACUACCUAUUACAUUAGAGGAUAAUUGAAGUCCCUGGAGAUUUGUUUAAUUUCCAUUCUGUGUUUCAUUUGCCUAAUUGAUUGAUUACUAAUUUUUUUUCAACAAGCAAAAUGGAUAUUUAUGAACAUAAGCAUCAAGGGCUAGGCUCAAGGGAGGACAAAUUAUGAAAGUAACAUCUCACUGCAAGCUCAGUAAUUUAUUUAUUUGCUUUUGCAUUGUGGGGAACCAAAAGGGGAGAAGUUUGCCACAGAACUGAGCUUUGUUCAUUUUGGCUUUUAGAUGUCUAUGUGUAUAUUACUCUCUCAAUUAGUUUUGUAAUUUUUUUCAUCCUUGUUUGAAUAAAGGUCAUUUUUAAUUUAUGUACUUUAUUCCAAGUGGUUGGACAGUGUGAUUUUGUCAUUUAACAUAAUGUAAAUAUCAUCAAACUCAGAACUGUGUAGUAAGUCAAUAUGUAAACAAACAUUCAAACCAAAUCAUAACCACCUUGUUUUGUAGCACAUUCAGAACGCAUCCCAAAUAUCCCAAGUGUGCCAUGACUAGUCAUUUUUAUCCAUUGCUGCCCUAGUUUGAUUGAUGUUUCAAACAUCAAUGUACGAUUUAUUUGAUUUUUUGUUUGUUUUUAAACUCUGAUUUCUAUCCAAAUUGAAACAACAUUCCAAACUGAAUUGUAGGCAAUCUGAACCCUCCAAUGAUAGUUUUAUUUUUUACUAGAAUUGGAUAAAAAUUUCAGGAACUUUAGGAUACCACAAAGAAAUGGAGGAAGCCAAACAUCAUAAAGACUGGUGAAUGGGUUUUAAAUAAUAGUCAUUUAAUUAAAAAAAUACAAGUUUCCAUAACAUUUGUUUUAAGACAGACCAUAAUGAAAUUUGCAGCAAAAAGAAAUUUUGUAGUGAAAAAUAUCUAUCCAAUUUCAGGCAGAUAGAUUAAUGUGUUGGGAGAAUGUUUACUGCACCAUGAAAGAAUAGGAUGGUGUCAAAGAAUGUCUUUCAAAAUACAGUUAAAGACUGAAAGAGUCAGAAAAUAUACUCACUAAAUUCAGUGAUUUCUCCAUCCUUUUUUCUGUGAACUAUUUGGGGGAGAGGUAGUUUUUUGUUUGCUUGCUUUGUGGACAAAUUGGAAUUGCUGCAAUUCCCUUUGAGUAAAUUAUUCUGUUCUGAUCUAGAUUUGGGAUUCACACUGUCUUAUCCAUUCCUGUUCUCUCUAUGUGUACAUGCUCAUAUUAAAAUAAUUCUUUAUUCCAGUGAAUAAUUCUUUACUAAAGAAGACAUGUUCAAAUAUAUAU